GGUGAAAGUAUAAUAACAGAAUAAUGCUUCAACUUGCCUGAGCUACAGACAUGAACCUCGGAGCCGAUUGGAGCUCUUCAGCGUUGCGACCCCGCGAAUAUGCUACAUUCUCUUGUGGCUGACGCGUUCGACGAUGGGCGGACGCCGUUAUCUGUCCUCCGCAACAGCUUCUACCUCGAUGAGUUUCGCAUGCUUGAUUUUCAGAUGAUGUGACCUGUAUUUUGUCUCUCAACAAACGUAACAGCGAUUAAGCUUUUGACACGUCUUGUCCAACAUCAACCUGCCUUUGGUUGCCUCGUCACCAGUCGCAUAUUUUUCCCUGCAUUUAAUUACCACCAUAGCAAGAGGCGUCUUCAAUAACACCUGCAACAUCCUCAUUGGAUUUAUAUAUUGAACACUGACACCACCGUCACAAUGCCUACUCCUUUGGACAACGCAAUGAAGUCAAAGAAUGCUAUUCUCGCAUUCACGGGUUUGGUAACCGGUGCCGCCGUCUGGGCCAUCUGGGGCGGUGAUAUGUUUCCCAAGGAGUCCGAUCCCAAAGGCGACCCGGAUACGUGGACGCAUGAAGAGAUGAGAAGAUGGCUUGCUGCUAGAAAUCUCCACCCUAAAGGCACCGACACAAGAGAACAACUAUUGGAGAGGAUCAAGGCAAAUAUGAGAAUUCCGCGUGCUUGAAUGAAUUGCAAGUUUUCCUUGAAGGCUUCAGGCAUUUGCCAGUUCUUCGUGUCGAGUUUGAAGUGCCUGUCCGAAAGAGAGUUUUGAUAAACCUUGGGCGAAUGUCUCAAGAACAACCGUCCUGCAUUUGUGUACAUAAUCGCUGAGUCUUGCAUGAGUUUGAGUUACUGUAAAUAGGUACCUAUUUGUUUGAUGUUUGUUAUUCAGUCAUUCAUGACAGUCGCAUUGAGUCGAUUGACUCGUCGACGCCACAUAUUUUUUU